AUGGAGGAGGAGGCAAGCCAACUCGAGAAGGACCACGUUCAUAGUGUAUAUGAGAAAAUUGCUCUUUAUUUCAAUGGCUACAAGGCAUGGCCAAAGGUGCAGCAGUUCAUUUCAGAGCAGGAACCAGACAGCCUGAUUGCUGAUAUUGGCUGCAGAAAUGGCAAAUACCUUCACAUCUAUUCUAAAGUCUAUAAACUGGGUUGCAACUACUGUUUCCCGUUGGUGGAAUCAGCACGAAAUGAAGGCCAUGAAGUGAUGAUAUGUCAUAGCUUGUAUCUGCCUUACCAAAGUGAGUGCUUUGAUGCUGUCCUGUCCAUUGCUGUGAUGCACCGUUUUUCAAUGGAAGAGAGGUGCAUGCGAGCAAUAAAAGAAAUGGCUCGCAUCUUGAGAGUAGGAGGCCAGAUAAUGAUAUAUGUAUGGGCAAUGGAGCAAAAAAGGAGAAGAUUUGAAAAGCAAGAUGUCUUUAAAGCAGUCAAUGAGCGCGUCCUGACUACGCAGAGAAGACAGCAGACGGGUGCUGGUGGGGCAUGGUUGAGGUACUACUGCGUUUUUAAAGAAGGGGAGUUGGCAGAGCUGAUAGAGCGCCACAUUCCUGAGCUACAUAUUACUCACUCAUACUUUGACCAUGCCAAUUGGUCCGUGAUAGCAGAGAAGACCGAAGUGUGGAAGAUAUAG